UUCUUUUUCUCCAGAAGCUGAUGUGGUCGGGCUGACUAGGCGUUGGUUUCCUGGGUGGAAGCAGCUGACACCUGCCGGGUGGAAGCUGGCAUCCCCUGUCCUGUGGAUUCAGAGCUUCCAGAAGCGCCUGCUGGGCCACAUAGGGACACUCGGCCUCCACCCAGCCGCUCUCUCAAGACAGUGCAGGAGCCUGCGCUGCCCCCAAGUCUGCCGGGCUCCCUGCAGCUGCUGCCGGCAUGACCCAGGCGCCUGCCGCCCCAGGCAAAGGAGGCCACCUCGAACAGAAGAUCCUGCAGGAGCUAAGCGAUGCUGGCUGCCCUGUGAAGACCUCCCAGCUGGUGAAGAAAUGCCAAGUGCCCAAGAAGGAGCUCAACCAAGUCCUCUACCGAAUGAAGAACGAGUCCAAAGUCUCCCUCGCAGGCCCUGCGCUAUGGCGCUUGUACGAGGCUGGGCCUGCAGACGCGGCCCCUGCACAGCUGGCCCUGCCCAGCCACGGUGACCCGCCAUCCCAGGCCGAGAGGCCCCCAGAAGACGCAGCUGGAGUUCCAGAGAAGCCCGGCCCUCAGCGCAGUGCCCGACAGGAAGAGAUCUACAAGUUCCUGGAAGACAAGGGCCCCCACAAUGCCCUGGUCAUCGCCCAGGCCCUGGGCCUGAGGACGGCAAAAGAUGUCAACCCAGACUUGUACAAGAUGAAGAGCAAGCACCUUCUGGACUUCGACGAGAAGUUAAAAGCGUGGGCAAUUUAUCGACCAGGAGAUUCUGGAGGAAGAAAUCAGUCCACGGCAAUUGUGAACCAGCAAAGUCCAGUCAUCGCGAUCUACCAGCACGGAACCUACAGCCACAUUUCCAUUGCCAACUCCCACAACACCCAGAUCGGACAUGGGAACGUCAUAGCCAGAGAGAUAACCCCCGGGGACAGUGGUUCCAUGGCUCCCGGAUACCCUGCUCCAACGGCGCCAGGUGACUCCUCAGCUCCUAGUGCCUGGGGGCCCCAGGACAUCCACCUGGAGCAAUCCGUGCUCAGACGGGUGCAGCUGGGACACGACAAUGAGCUGAGCGUCCACAGCACCCCAUCUGAAGGCUCCGGCCACAUCCUCUCAGGCAGCCCCCCAGUCUCUGCCACCACCGACGGCUCAGGAGCUGCAUUUGAAGUGCGAAUGCCCAGACCCGGAUCUCAGCCCGAGGGGGACGCGGCCCAGAGAGUCCACAUCAGGUCAUGCUUCCUCGAGGAUGCCGCCAUCGGCAACAGCAACAAAAUGACCGUCAGCCCAGCGGCAGGAGGAGUCGCAGGGGCUGGAGAUGGGGAGCCGGAGGAGGACGCAGACCCUGCCCCCGAAGCCUCACAAUCCAGAAGCCAUUUCCCUCAAGACGCGGGUCAGGCUGCCCCUGGCAUCACCUCAACGCUCACCCCACGGCUGGAAGCUGUGACCCUUGGAAACAGAGACCCUGAAACUGCAGAACACAGCUGCUAGGUGCACGGAACCCCAGGCUGGGGGAGCCAGUGAGAAGAUGGGGUUUAUAGCAGACAGCCUCGGGCCAGGCUCGCUGAGCAAGAGGCCAGGCCUAGGCGAAGGUGGGGCCCCCUGGCCUGGUGCUCUCUGAUUCCAGACAGCUCCGUGGCCGGCUUGCUUCUUGGUCCCUGCCAGCAGGUUGGCUGUCAGGGCUGCACGUGUGUGGGGACGGGCUCAGGCCUGGACUUCUGGUGACCAGGCGCAGUGACGGGGGGUCGCUUUGGGGAACACUCGGUGCGCUGGGGGGAGGUGGCCAGGCGGCCACGACCUCUCUCCCCUUCCCAGGCCUGGGUCCCUGCCGAGUUGCCUUCCACUGUGGCUCCUGCUGUGGUUUGAAUGUUUAUGUCCCUACAAAGUUCAUGCUGAAACUUAUCCCCAAUGCAAUGACAUUAAGAGGCAGAGGCGAUUUAGGAGGUGAUGAGGCCAGGAGGGCUCUGUCCUCAUGAUUGGGGUUAGUGCCCUCACGAAAGGGCUUUGGGGGACUCGGUGAGCCCCUCUGCCCUGCCACCCUGUGAGGACGCAGCAGCAAGGCUUCUUUGAAGCCGGGACCAAGCUCUCGCCAAACACUGACUCUGCUGCCACCUUCGCCUUGGCCUUCCCGGCCUCCACAGCUGCGAGCAGCCCUGCCCGUUGUUUGUAAGUUACCAGGUGGGAGGCAUUUCGUUGCAGCAGCCUCAGCCGACGGAGGCACUGCCCGCUGUCCUCUCCUCACUCAAGACCCGACUUCCCCAAGGCCCAUUAGGGCCACCCGACCUCUUUUCCACCUGAUCUUUCUAGAAUCUUCCCUCCUCAGCCUGUUCUCUCUCAGGAUUUCUUAGCCGCACUUCCAGAAAGCGAAUUCCUCCCCCUUCUCCAGGCCUCAGUGGAAGUCACUGGCCGGCCCGUGGGUCAGGUGACCUCUCCUGGCCAAUCAGCAGGGAGCGCUUGCUCCAGACCAGCUGAGACGCCUGGUCUGAGUCCCCCAGAAGGGGCGUGGGCUCCAACAUUUCCAGAACCAAGGCGGGUACGGCGAGGGGCACUCGGGGAGGGAUGAUGGGAGGAAGAUGGAGAAGGAUGGAGAAAGGUGGUGAUCAGCCAGGCAGGGCGGUCAUGGAACAAGCGCUGCCUCCUCCGUGCACACACACACACACACACGUGUGCACACACACACACACACACACACACACAUGUGUGCACACACAGGCUCUCUGACUGCUGGCCCUCCCAGUGCCACCUCCACUCCUCAGGUGGGCCUUUCUCACCCUCCCCGAGUCUCCUCCACAGACCCUGUGCCCUGGGUCUCGCGUCUACCUUGGUGGAGAGGGGCUGGCUCAUCGCUGGUAAUAAAGGUCGUUAAGCAAA